AUGAUAGACCAUGUCCUGGGACGGCCGUCUGCCAAGUCGCGAAGACUACAGGUCCUCGCCGUGCUUGCCUUCUGGUCCGCGUACCUCUUCAACAGAGGCCACAAACACGGCCCUCCACUUGUGCGUCUCUACUCGAAGCUUUGCUCCAAAAAGUUGACAGCAUGGCAAAUCGUCGUCGUAACCAUGACAUUCCUCUAUGCUGGCCGCAAUUUUAGCACUCUGGUCGGCCUGGCGAGCCCAGAGCCGCUAUCCAACAUGUACGAUGCGCACUACUUUCGAGCCACUUGGAUCUUGACUGCGCUUGACGCAGGGUUUUGGACCGCCAUGAAGAUCAAGUCCAAGUGGCUGAGGGACUUGUCGAGCGUCGUCUUCUCAAUCUUCUACCUAUUUGCUGCGGAAAAGGCCGACGAGAAGGUGCGCAAGGUUCGGUCAAACCUGACUGUCGAACACCUGAGGAUCAGUUGGAACAAGGGCAUCAGCCCAUACAUCGACUUCUUCCAGAAACUUAUGCGCCCGCGAUAUUCCCGUUGGCCUCCGCGCGCUAUCCGCAUCCCGAGGCCGUCCACAAGCGACUACAAGGAGCCUGUCUCAGCCUGGCUAUACUUUGACGGGCCACUGUCGGAGCUGGAGCACCAGAACAGGGUCGUGCUGGACCUGCCGGGAGGUGGUUUCGUUGCCAUGGAUCCGCGCUGCAACGACGACAAAUUGCUCUCGUGGGCGUCCAAGACGGGGCUCCCUGUCCUCAGCAUAGAUUAUCGGAAAGCGCCCGAGUACCCGUUCCCGUACGCCUUGAACGAGUGCUAUGAUGUCUACGCAACUCUCAUGAAGACUCGCGGGCGCUGCAUCGGCAUGUCUGGUAAGGAGACGCCCAAGGUUGUCGUCACUGGCGACAGUGCUGGGGGCAAUUUAGCGACGGCGAUGACUUUGAUGAUCAUCGAGGGUGGACUCUUUCCCUCGAGUCACUUCCAGGGGCAGGCCGGUCUGCCGAUACCUGACGGUUUGGUCUUGUUCUACCCGGGGCUCGACAUGAACAUUGGGAACUGGAUGUCCGAUGAGCAAAUGGCCCUGAUCCAAGACCGGAGGAUGCGAUCGACCAACAAGGCCGUUGCUCGCCGCAAGAGCAUGCAAUACAACAAUCUCGUCGGAACGCCGCACCACUCCGACGACGAAGAUGAUUCACCAAAGUAUGUUGUCUACCCGCCAGACGAUGGGGACAGAGAAACCAAGCAGCUGGCGAACUCGGAAGGUACUCGCACCCCCCAGCCCGAAUACGCCCACGCGACCCCGACCAAAUGGAGUAAAACACGUCGAUCAUCGCAACCAGACUCGCCUGCCGUCAGCAAGCGGGCCGGCAGUACCUCUUACCAUUCCGAGCCGCUUCAGACAAGGCUCGCAAUGUCUUCCAUGUUAUCCUACUUCAAUGAUCGUGUUCUCGCACCUGAGAUGAUGCGCGCUAUGAUCAUCUUGUACAUUGGCCCGCACAACCGGCCGGACUUCAGCCAAGACUACUUGUUAUCACCCAUUCUCGCCCCCGACAUGCUCCUCGCCCGCUUCCCAAAGACGUACUUUCUGACCGGCGAACGCGACCCCUUGGUAGAUGAUACUGUCAUUCUAGCCGGCCGUCUCCGCCGCGUAAAGGCCGCCAUGUACGCAUCAGGAGGGCAGAGAUUGGAUUACAAGGAGUCGGACGCCCUGGCCGAGGGCUUCAACGACAAAGACGUUGCUGAGCGCGAGCGUGAGAGCAGGCGGCGCAUGGUCAAGAAGGCGGCCGAGAGCUCAGGGAGGCACCACAUGCGGGCCGAGUCAAGCGGCGAUGAGGGACUGCUGGAGAUUGGGAUGACCAGGGCGAGGGGCAAGUCAGCGUCCAACGGCGUCAAGACAAACGGCAAGGACGCCGCGGCCGUCGACGUCCAGAAGGCCAACGACGGCGAGGCAGAUCGCGAGAGUCCGGAAAGGAAGGGGAAGAGAAAGGCCAACGGCCGCGCCAAGAAGGACUCGCUGAACAGGCUCGCCAGCUCGGAUGAUCUCCUCGGUCGGAGGAUGCACGGCCUCGCUGGUGGCUUGACUGGCCUGGCGGAGGAGGACUGA